UGAGAGGAGAGAAGAGGCUGGAAAAGUUUCAGUCCUCCUUCUGGUUUACUGUGAGCUUAGAGAAACAGCUCAGAGGGUCAGAAACUCACAGACAACAGCAGAUACGAGUCAUAGUUUAGUUUAAAGCUGGAUCAGCUUUUGCAGAGCGCAACAAGCCGCACUGACUGACUGACUUUAGAGGUGGCUCUUUCUUCACCUGGAUGUAAUCAUGUGGCGGACAGCUGAUCAGCUUCCCUGGAUUUCGCUGACGGCCUCCCUUUGUUCUGCCUGAAAAUGGAAACGCUGGAGUCGGAACUGACCUGCCCAAUCUGUCUAGAGCUCUUCGAGGACCCGCUGCUCUUGCCCUGCGCUCACAGCCUUUGUUUCAACUGCGCCCAUCGCAUUCUGGUCUCCCACUGCACGCCCAGCGAGCCGAUACAAUCCAUCAGCGCCUUCCAGUGCCCGACCUGUCGCUAUGUCACCACCCUCAACCAGAGGGGCCUAGAGGGACUCAAGCGCAACGUCACACUGCAGAACAUCAUCGACCGCUACCAGAAAGCCUCUCUGAGCGGACCCAACUCCCCCAACGAGACUCGGCGCGAGCCAAGCAGCCGGGCCAUGACUUGUCCCGGCGACCGGGUGCAGUGUCAGUUCUGCGAGCAGGACCCGCCGCAGGACGCCGUGAAGACCUGCGUCACCUGCGAGGUGUCCUACUGCGACGAGUGCCUCAAGGCCACCCACCCCAACAAGAAGCCCUUCACGGGCCACCGGCUGGUGGAGCCCGCGCCGGACUCCCACCCGCGAGGCCUCAUGUGCCUGGAGCACGAGGAGGAGAAGGUCAACAUGUACUGUGUGACGGACGAACAGUUGAUCUGCGCCUUGUGCAAGCUGGUCGGGCGACACCGGGACCACCACGUCGCGGCCCUCGGGGACCGCUUCGACAAACUCAAGAAAUCGUCUGGCCGCUUUCUCUGUGUGGUGGGGCGUGGUCAUUCACACCAGGAGGCCGACCAGCAAGCUUUGGAUUCCAACCUCAGCAGUCUAAUCAAGAGGACCAGUGACUUGGAAAGUCUGAUGGGGAAACUCAUCCAAACCUGCCAACACGUGGAGUUAAACGCGUCGAAACAAGAAAACAAGCUGCUGGAGGAGUGUGACCUGCUGAUCACGAUCAUACAGCAACGAAGACUAAUCAUAGCAACCAAGAUAAAGGAGGGAAAGUCUAUACGGAUGAGGAAACUAGCCCAGCAGAUAGCCAGCUGCAAGCAGUGCAUUGAGAGGUCUUCCUCCCUCAUCUCUCAGGCGGACCAAACUCUCAAGGAGACGGACCACGCUCGCUUCCUCCAAACGGCUAAAAGCACAUGUGAGAGAGUCUCCAUGGCAACGGCUUCUUCUCAAAUCCUGUUACCAGAAAUGAACCUGAAUGAUACCUUUGAUACUUUUGCUCUGGACUUUACAAGGGAGAAAAAAAUGCUAGAAAGCUUGGAUUACCUCACAGCACCAAAUCCACCCACCAUCCGUGAGGAAUUAUGUACAGCUUCAUACGACACGAUCACAGUUCACUGGACAUCAGACGAUGAAUUCUCUGUUGUAUCAUAUGAACUUCAGUACGCCAUCUUCACCAGCCAAUCCAAUGUUGUCAGUCUGUGUAACUCUGCCGACAGCUGGAUGAUUGUACCAAACAUCAAGCAGAAUUGCUACACUGUCCACGGGCUCCAGUGUGGCACCAAGUACAUUUUCAUCGUGAAGGCCAUAAACCAGGCCGGAAGCCGCAGCAGUGAACCAGGGAAACUCAAGACCAACAGUCAACCGUUCAAGUUAGACCCAAAGUCGGCUCACCGGAAGCUCAGGGUGUCCCAUGACAACCUGACGGUGGAGAGGGACGAGACGUCGUCCAAGAAGAGCCACAGUCAGGACCGCUUCACCAGCCACAGCAGCUACGGUGUCACAGGGAACGUCUACAUCGACAGCGGGCGCCAUUACUGGGAGGCUCUGAUUGGAGGGAGCUCGUGGUUCGCAGUGGGCAUUGCAUACAAGUCAGCACCAAAACAUGAGUGGGUUGGCAAAAACGCUGCCUCCUGGGUUCUGUCUCGAUGCAACAACUCGUGGGUGGUGCGUCACAACAGUAAGGAGAUGCCCAUCGAGCCCUCACCCCACCUGCGUCGUCUUGGGGUGCUGUUGGACUACGACGCCGGGUCGCUGUCCUUCUACGACGCCGUUGCCGCUCAGCAUUUGUACACAUUCGAGAUCGACUUCGCUCAGCCAGUGUGCGCCGUCUUCAACGUGUGGAACCGGUGUUUGACGGUUCUCACCGGGCUGCCCAUACCGGAUCACUUGGAGGGCACAGACUACGGCAACUGACGAAACCUCUUCUGUGAGAUCUUUUUUUUUUGAGAAAACCAACCAGACUGCCUGCACCUCAUUGACUGUGAUGCCCACAUGUUGACACAAAAAAGUAGACUAACUGUACGAAAAGCAGUUAAUAGCCCGGCUGUACGUUCAGGCCUGCGUUAAAAUUAGUAGGAAAUAUUUAAAGAAAUCACUCGUAGAUGUAUUUCUUUGCACAUGUAUGCACAUUACGCUGGUGGAUGGUUUUAAGGGUUUGCUCACUGUUUAAAAUACAUUUUCACAUAGGCUGCAGAUGUUUUUGUUUCUUAAGUUUUUAACUUGUUGUUCCAUUCAUGUUUGAUUAUAAACCUUUAGGUGCAAGUGACAAAUGGUGUCGUUAAAGAUUCUGUAGGGUUUGUAUUAUUGGCUAUUUUAAAUGGAACAAUUUGGAACGAUUUUUGGAAAUCCUAGCACUUUGAGGAGUUGUCACUAUAACAUGUAAAGACACUUGUAUAAUAAUACAAAUGUUUCUUGGUCAUUGUCCCGUAAGAAAAAGCACUAAAUAGAUCAGACAAAGUUUUACCCCCAAGGGAAAUCAGUCAAUUAAGUCAUUUUUAAAUAUUUAUUAUUUGUAAAUGUAUGCAGUUCAUCAUUAUGGGAUCAUUCCACCCAACUUUCCCACUUAAGUUUCCCUGUGACAAGCUGUAAGAAAUUGACUUAAUUUGG